CCGCCGCCGCCGCCCGCGCCAUGCCCGCCCCCGGCUCCGAGCUGCAGCGCCCGCCGUCGCCGCCCGCCGCGCAGAAGCCGCGCGCCCGGCCGCAGCCGCCUCCCCACGGGGAGCUGCAGUACCUGGGGCAGGUGGAGCACAUCCUGAGCUGCGGGGCCCGGAAGCACGACCGCACGGGCACGGGCACGCUGUCGGUGUUCGGCUUGCAGGCGCGCUACAGCCUGAGAGAUGAAUUUCCUCUGCUGACAACCAAACGUGUAUUCUGGAAGGGUGUUUUGGAGGAGUUGCUGUGGUUUAUCAAGGGAUCCACAAACGCUAAGGAACUGUCUUCCAGGGGAGUGAAAAUCUGGGAUGCCAAUGGGUCUCGAGACUUUUUGGACAGCCUGGGAUUCGCCAACCGAGAAGAAGGGGAUUUAGGCCCAAUUUAUGGCUUUCAGUGGAGGCAUUUUGGGGCAGAAUACAAAGAUAAGGAUUCAGAUUAUUCAGGUCAAGGAGUCGACCAGCUGCAAAAAGUGAUUGACACAAUCAAAACCAACCCUGACGACAGAAGAAUUAUUCUGUGUGGUUGGAAUCCAAAAGAUCUUCCUCUGAUGGCCCUACCUCCGUGCCAUGCCCUCUGCCAGUUCUAUGUGGUGAACGGUGAGCUGUCCUGCCAGCUAUACCAGAGGUCAGGAGACAUGGGGCUGGGCGUGCCCUUCAACAUCGCCAGCUACUCCCUGCUCACCUACAUGAUCGCACACAUCACAGGCCUGAAGCCAGGUGACUUCAUACAUACUUUGGGAGACGCGCAUAUUUACCUGAAUCACAUUGAGCCGCUGAAAAUACAGCUGCAGCGAGAACCAAGGCCUUUCCCAAAGCUUAGAAUCCUUCGAAGAGUUGAGACAAUUGAUGACUUCAAGGCUGAAGACUUUCAGAUCGAGGGGUACAAUCCUCACCCAACUAUUAAAAUGGAAAUGGCUGUGUAAAGUGCUUUUAAAAGAGGUGAUAUUCAGUCUGUAGGGGUUGACUGAAUGCCCAGGCUUUCACUGUUUGCCCUAGAGGGAGGAGGAGGAACUAGGUAAAAAAUCUCUCGGUGACCAGCAGCUAUUAUUCAUUAACUUGUAAGAUGUUGCCACUGGCAAAAAAGCUUUGAGUUUGGUUGACUCACUAAGGUGUGAAAGUGCCGAGUUUGGGAAUAAAGUUAGGAAAGUGAACACUGAAAUACACUUAAAACAUGUACAUGCAUUUCAAUCCGUUUUUAUGAAGGUCUGCGAAUUUCAAGAAUUACACAUCAGCUGUUCACCCCAAAUUUGAGCAAGCUGAGUAACACCAGCAUUCUUAAUGUACAGUUGUGGCUAUGAACAUUUAAAGUUAUUUGCUUUAUAUAUUGCUGUAAUAAAUGUGUGUAUUGCA